CUGGUGGGGAGGGAAAGAUGUUAAAAAAUAUUAUUCUAAUUAGAUGAUUUGAGGUGUAAACUAAAAUUUGUAAACCAUACACUCGUGAUGGCCAUGAAGAACAAUGUAAAUAAAAUUGGGACAUAUAAAAAUAAUACGUUGUUGUUGCAAUGUCAAAUUGUUUCAAAAAAGAACUGACAGGUUAUGAUCUAAUAUGUAAAUCACUCGUCUCGCAGUGCACAGUUUCCACCCCCGGAUCUGCAAAUCAAAGAGUUUCCACGAACCAGAAGAAAGCGCUUGUAUUGAUUGAAGAAAAAAGGUGUGAAUGAUAUUAUAUAGUAUACUGUACCUGAAGUGACAUAUCCGCGGCAGUGCCUCCCGCUGGGUAGAUCAAUAACCAUACGUCAGAUACGCUGGUACGCCAAGCUGGUAUGCACUGCUUAUUUUGUUAUUUUCAUUAAAAAAUCAGUCAUAGAAGUGGUAAAAAAUUACUCGUUCUUCUGAAAAGAAGAAAACAAGAAUUGUAUUAAAACUUCAAUGAAAAGUUUGGAAGGCGUGCAGAACUUAUUUGAUCAGUCUCAGGGAAUGACAGACAUGGCUAGAAAUUCAGUCGUAGAAGAAAGUUUAAUUGAAGAACAAGCGGUCCCUAUUAUGUUGGAUAGUGCAGCUAUUUCUAAAAAGGGAUGCUGUUUGACAUUUGAAUCUUACACGUUACAAGAGAUUUGAAUGGGAAAAUCAUGAUGCUUUGUUGUAGUCAUGGUUUCACUACAUUUAUGUGUACUGACAAUUUCUAUUUAAAAUAAUAAAUAAAUAUUUAAUAACAA